AUGGGUCAAUAUUUAUCUAAUAUUAAUUCUUGUAUCGUUGAUCGAACAAACAAAAAUGAACUUGUGCUCAACGCAAAUUCGAUUGUAUCUGGAAACGGUAAAGAGAAUAUCACUUUAUUUUUAUCAAUGAAACAAGUUGCUGAUACGUUAACAGCUAAUCAAACUUUGAGUUGUGAAACCUCAUUAAUAAAUCAAAUUCAAAAUCAUCUAGUAGUAUUAACUAAAGCAAAAGAGAUAAAUAACGUCGAUACCGAAGUCAACGAAAUACUAACGAAGAAUGGUCUCAUGCUUAUUAUUGAUGAUUAUCAGAAGUCGCUUGAGCGAGUAAAACUUAUUUAUAACAUACAACAACAACUCCAAAAAUCACUAAGAAGAAAGCUCAGUGAUCAUUAUGAUAUAGCUGUACCUACAGUUACAGAUCAAAAUGCAACAGUGAAUGUUACUACAACAUUUAUUCAAAAUGUUAAGCGAUCUCAACAAGUUAAUGAAUAUGAACGAUUUUCUUAUCUUACUAUACACUCAUUAGCAUCACUACUGCUUCGUUCAUUCAAAAUUAGUGGGCAAAUCGACCAUUCUAUGUCUUCGCAACUAAUAAGUUUUGUGGAUCAAUUAUGUGAGCAACUUCCUAUUAAAUGUGUUUUGUGUUUUCAAUCACCAAUGAAAAGACAUCAUUUAAUGCUUCAGUCACUGGAACCAUUAAUAAAUCACAUCAGUGAAUUAUCUUCAUCCUCUGACUCGGUGGUAGCAACGCAGGUUACACAAAUUUUAUUAAAAUUAUCAAUUGCACAAGCAUCAUUCAAAGAUUUUUUAACCAUCAUAAGUAAAUUGAUAUUCGAUACAACUGAUGUUUAUAAUUUAGGUGAUUUAUUUCUACAACUGAACGAUUGGCUUGCAAAUGCUCUGAGUCAGUAUGAACAGCAUAAUUAUCACGAAGGUGAGAAAAUGAAUACAAAAGCAAAGAAAGCAACAGGCUAG